CAUGGAGUUGUCUUUUUGUUCUCGAGCAUUUCAUCUUUUGACAAUUGGUCUUCUCCCAAUCUUUCAUUCGCAAAAUGGCACAUCCUUUUGUUACAGAGUCCAACAUCCUCCACCGUGAUAUGAGAUGUGAGCAUUUGAAGGUUGUCUCUGGAGAAGGGAUUCGGUACCAUUUAGGGUCUGGCAAAAGUAUCAGUGAUGCUACAUGUGGCCCUUCCGUUUCCAUACUCGGUCAUGGUAAUCAAGAGGUCACCGAUGCUAUCAUUGCACAACUGGGAACGAUCCAGUACGUUUAUUCCGGUGCACCGUUGACAAGCGAACCCUCCGAAGCAUUGGCAAAGUUUCUUUUGGAAGACAGACCUGGAGGCCUUUCCAAAGGAAUAUUUGUCAAUUCAGGCAGCGAGGCCACUGAUGCUGCGCUCAAGCUCGUAACCCAGUACUGGCAUGAGAUCGGCGAGCCCAAUAGGAAGUUCAUUAUCUCGAGAAAGCAAAGUUAUCAUGGAAACAGCAUUGGCUCGUUAUCAUUUGUCGACCCUUGCUACUCCUUCCGGGCGAAGAAAAAUGGCGAAUCAGACGCGGCCUAUGUCGAAAGAUUGCGACAACAACUUGAGGAUACCUUCCAGCGUCUGGGGCCAAACAACGUAGCUGCAUUCAUGGCAGAGCCCCAAAGCGGGACCACCCUCGGCUGCGUAACGGCGACACCUGGAUAUUUCAAGAUGGUCCGAGAUAUCUGUGACAAGUAUGGAGCUCUUUUAGUGCUGGAUGAGAUUAUAUGUGGCAUGGGCAAGACAGGAACUAUGCACGCCUGGGAACAGGAGGGCAUCCGCGGCCCCGACGUCCAAACAAUCGGAAAAGUAUUGGGCGCUGGAUUCGUCCCCUUGUCAGGCGUUCUCGUACACGAGAGAGUCUUCCAAGCGUUGGUCGGAGGUUCAAAAGCAUUGUUGCACGGGCAUACUUUCCAAGCACAUCCACUCGCAUGUGCCGCGGCACUGGCGGUGCAAAAGAUUGUUCGAAGAGACAACCUCUUGGAAAAUGUAUGCGAACAGGGACUCAUCCUUGAAAAGCAAUUACGAGAGCGCAUCGCUCCUUUGCCGUACGUGGCAGAUAUUAGGGGGCGAGGUUUGUUUUGGGGUGUUGAACUGAUGCGCGAUCCUCAAUCAAAAGAGCCGUUCGAUCGGUCAGAUAAUUUCUGCGGAAAAGUAGUCGAUGUUGCGAUGGAUUUGGGUCUCAACCUUUUAGGAAGUUUGGGGCAUAGCGGCGAACUGCAAGUGGAUCAUGUCAUCGUUGCGCCUCCAUAUAUUGUGGAGGAGGCUGACGUUGUGGAGAUUGUAGGAUUGCUACACGAGGCGAUAAGUCGUGUGGGUGCUGAGUACAGUCGGGCGCAGAGGGAGAGGCGCAAAUCAUUAUUGUAG